CGUUCAGCAUUCGGUGUGGACAGCAUUGUCUGACAGCUCUUGCCAAGAUCCUAAAGGAACAAUCGGAUCAAAGAUGAGCCUCGGGUGUGACGAGAAUGAUUUGGUGCAUCUCAAACUCGGAGAAGAUACUGCCGUCAUCCAUCUAUUCGGCGCCACAAUACUCUCAUGGAGAACGGGUCGCGAACGCUCGGAAAACCUUUUCCUGAGCAAGACCGCGGUUUUCGACAAUAAGAAGGCGAUUCGAGGGGGAGUUCCUUUCGUUUUUCCGAAUUUCGGACCAUGGUCUCUCGGACCCCAGCACGGCUUCGCGCGAACGUCGAUGUGGUCACUGAGCGAGCGGGAACCUCACGAAGCGGUUCUCCGCUUGACGGAAACAGAAGCCACACUGGCCAUGUGGCCAUUCAAAUUCGAGAUUAAGUACACCGUGACGCUGGCAUCCGAUGCUCUGCACAUGACGGUAGACGUGAGAAACACCGAUACGAAGCCCUGGGACUUCACGCUGCUUCUUCAUUCUUACCUCCGGGUGAGCGACAUCGCUUCAACAAGCAUAAAAGGACUCGAGAAGGCGUUCUACAUCGACAAGAUUCAUGGGAAAAACAGCAGUCAAGAAGGCGACGUCAGAAUCGAUGCAGCGAUCGACCGGGUAUAUUGCUCCACGAAUGACGUGUUGGAGGUCAGCGAUGGGUCUCGGACAAUCAUCGUCGAGAAGAGAGGACUCCCCGAAACAGUCGUCUGGAAUCCGUGGAUCGAGGGUUCUGCCAAAACCAGUGACCUGGACGAUGACGCUUGGGAGCGGAUGGUCUGUGUGGAACCGGGAAAAGUACAAGAUCGUGUAACUCUCCAGGCGAAGGAAGUAUUCAUCGCGAAGGCUUCGCUCCGACUAGCGAAAUGAGAGCUCGACGAUCGAGACGUCGAAAAAUUAUACUAUGGAACGUCAUGGAAGGAUAUACACAUGUAUCCGUUUUGUAGAUUAAAUUCUCGAAA